UGCCAUAUUUAUUCAUGCCGGGCAAGAUGGCGGCGAUACGGACGGUGUGUUAUUGCCAGUGGACAUAAACAGGCAUUUUAUUCAAAAUACAAAACCUGGUCCGAUACAUUUACACACUUAGCCGCAUUCUGUGGUUAUUUACCGCGCAACAAGCGUCGACUUCCUUUUCAUUUUACGCGUUUCAACGUUUUUUUCUUGCAAAAUGUUCACGUUGUAGCUCGCUCGCUAACCGACCAGCUGGCUAACAGAGAGCUAAGUUAGCUAUCUACCGCAGCCAAGCCGCCGUGAAGUGGAGAAUGGGAGAAAAGCUUGAGCUAAAGCUCAAAUCACCGGUUGGAGCAGAACCUGCUGGUUAUCCGUGGCCUUUGCCAGUAUACGAUAAACACCAUGAUGCUGCUCAUGAAAUCAUCGAGACCAUUCGGUGGGUGUGUGAGGAGAUCCCAGACCUCAAACUGGCCAUGGAAAACUACGUACUCAUUGACUAUGACACCAAGAGCUUCGAGAGUAUGCAGAGACUUUGUGACAAGUACAACAGGGCCAUCGACAGCAUUCACCAGCUGUGGAAAGGGACGACGCAGCCCAUGAAGCUCAACAAGCGUCCUUCAAACGGGCUGCUGAGACACAUCCUACAGCAGGUGUACAACCACUCAGUUACCGACCCGGAGAAGCUGAACAACUAUGAGCCCUUCUCCCCUGAGGUGUACGGAGAGACCUCUUUCGACCUGGUGGCUCAGAUCAUCGACGAGAUGGAAAUGAUGGAAGAUGACACCUUUGUUGACCUCGGCAGUGGAGUUGGUCAGGUAGUGCUGCAAGUUGCAGCAGCAACCAACUGUAAACACUACUACGGUGUAGAGAAAGCAGACAUUCCAGCUACAUAUGCAGAGACCAUGGAUAAAGAGUUUAAAAAGUGGAUGAAAUGGUACGGGAAGAAACAUGGGGAGUACACACUGGAGAGAGGUGACUUUCUGUCUGAAGAAUGGAAGGAAAGAAUCGCCACCACAAGUAUUAUUUUUGUGAAUAACUUUGCCUUUGGUCCAGAGGUAGAUCACCAGCUGAAGGAGCGCUUUGCUAACAUGAAGGAAGGUGGAAAAAUUGUGUCCUCCAAACCUUUUGCACCUUUAAAUUUUAGAAUAAACAGUCGAAACUUGAGUGAUAUUGGCACAAUAAUGCGUGUGGUGGAGCUUUCUCCACUGAGGGGCUCCGUGUCCUGGACGGGAAAGCCAGUGUCCUACUACCUGCACACCAUAGACCGCACCAUACUUGAAAACUAUUUUGCUAGUCUCAAAAAUCCUAAACUCAGGGAGGAGCAAGAGGUAGCUAGGCGACGUCAGCAGAAGGACACGAAGGACAGUAAAAGCAAUAGCACCACGCCCACUAAACCUAAAGAACAAAACAAGCAGGACUCCUGUGGUGAGGAUGAGCGUCCUAGCUUGGUGACAGUGGUCAAGCCCUCUGCUAAACCCCGAAGAGCCCGACUCUUGCCCAAAGCUCGCAAGUUGAACAACAAGAAACGUGGUCGACCCAAGAAAGCUGCCCCGGCUGCCGAGAAGAAAAACAAGAAGAAUCAGAGCGCAUUGGAUCUGCUUCAUGCCAAGACCCUUUCGGCGGCACCCCCUCAGGAUGCAUACCGGCAACCUCAGAGUCCCUUCUACCAGCUUCCCCCCAAGGUCCAGCACUAUCCCUCUAGUCAGCUGCUUCUGAGCCCGACUCCUCCUGGUCUGCAACAACUGCUAGAUAACAUCAAAGUUCAAUACCUCCAGUUUAUGACCCACAUGAAGACUCCUCAGUACCGCUCCAACCUGCAGCAGCUUUUAGAACAGGAGAAGCAAAAACACAGGGACCUGUCAGGGCAGGCGGAGCAGCUCCACUCUGUUUGUCAGUCUCACAAGGAUAAGAUUAAAGGUCUCUUUCAGACCAAACUAGAUGAGCUGGGAGUGAAAGCAUUGACUGUGGAGGACCUGCUGCAGGCCCAGACGGAGAUAUCAGCCCACAAUCAUCAGCUGAAAGAGCAGACUAAGCAGCUUGAGAGAGACAUGGCCUUGCUGAGAGACCACAGCCUGCUACUGCUGAAGUCUCGAUGUGAGGAGCUAAAGCUAGAUUGGGGCUCUUUGUGUCUGGAGAGUUUGUUGAAGGAGAAGCAGGCACUACGCAGACAGAUCUCUGAGAAACAGAGACACUGCUUGGAGCUGCAGAUCAGCAUUGUGGAGCUGGAGAAAAGUCAAAGGCAGCAGGAGCUGCUUCACCUUAAAUCCUACAGCCCCUGUGAUGGCUCCCCAUACAGAAAGAGCCUAGAAUCUCGCUCUUCCACAGACCUGGACUCCUCUAAGCUUGGCCUGUCCUCGGCCCCAGCCCUCAACGGCAUCAGCCCAGACCUGUCUAUCAAUGGCACAAGCUCACCCUGUUUUGACCGGGCCAACACCAAGGGGGAGCUUCUUUCUCGCUACCUGCCCAUCUCUCCAGACCAUGAGAUUUUACCCACCAUCCCUGAUGUCCGGCAAAGGCAGCAAAGUUCGUCCUACGCUCUUCCUGAUUACACACGCUUCUCCCCCGCAAAGAUUGCCUUGCGGAGACACCUUAACCAGGACCCCACGGCCUCUGCUCACUUGAGAGGUCCAGGGCUGACCGCACACAGGGAAUUUGGUGGUGUGAACUCUCCGCUUGGAGCCAAAAUGAACUGCCCCUCUCCCAAUGCAGCUGAUGCCCAGAAUAAAGGUUUUGAGAGGGGUGGUAAGGAGAGGAGCCCAUCUGUUCAGGGUGACAACAGCAUUACGAGCCUUCCAAUAAGUAUCCCUCUAAGCACUGUCCACCCAAGUAAACUACCAGUCAGCAUCCCCCUGGCGAGCGUGGUGCUGCCCAGUCGUGCUGAGAGACUGAGAAGUACUCCGAGUCCUGUGUUUCAGGCAGGUCAGACCAAUGGAUAUUCAUCCAGCACAGGGCUGAUGAAUGGAGGUCCCCAUCCUGAGGACCAUAAUGGGGCUUCUUCAUCACCUCCCCCACACCCCAACACUACUUUGGCAGGACCAUUGGGCAGAGGAGGUCCCAUUCAGAGCCCCCCCCUCAGCACUGGAGGAGUGCUCCAGUAUGCAGAUGGCCCCCCGAGGAUUCUUCCAGAAGACGGACAGGAUCGUCAAGGAGGUGACUCUGACACGGAGCCCCAGGACAGUGAACUGCGGAGGAGAAUCUUCUUCUCGUCUUGCUCCUCUUCCUCCUCGUCUUCCUCUUCGUCAGGCAGUGGAGGCAGCGCGGCCGGAGGAUCACGCCUCCACCAUCACACUGGCAACAAGCAGGGAUACCACAGUAACCAUGGAAACCACCACCACCAGUCCCCCGGCACACAGCACACUCCCACGCCCACACACAUGUCGUCAUCACACGCCUCUCACGGCCUCGUCUCUCAAGAGGGACGUAAGCGGGGGAGAAGGAAACGCAGCUCUACAGUGGCUGUCACAGCCAGCGGAUCCCCGAAGAGGAGGUCGUUCCCCGGGCUCUGCUCCAACAACCACUCCUCAGGAUCGCCACUCAACAUCAACACCAUGGUGAACAACAUCAACCAGCCUCUGGAGAUCUCCGCCAUCUCCUCCCCAGAACAGUCGAGCCGUAGCCCCACUGGGCCGGACCUGGACCAGCCUCCCAUCUUGAAGAGAGAGCGCCCCCUGGAGCUCAAUGGCACAGGCCGUUACUCCUCUGCCCCCAGCUCUGAUGACGAGGACUCGGGAUACCCUGCGGACAGCUCCAGUUCACGAAUUGAAAGAAAAAUUGCCACUAUAUCCCUGGAGAGCAGAGAUGGACCUGGUAGACUAGGGGAUGGUGAAAGAGUCAGGAAGUCUGGCGGGAGCAGUGGUAACAGCACAGGCAGCGAGGCCUCCUCUUCAUCCUCCUUGUCCUCUACCAGCAAGUGGAAAUCCACCUUUUCACCCAUUUCUGACCCCAAACAACCCAACUCUGACCUGAGACAGGGGGGCUCUCCAUUUGGCAUGGGGGGGUCGAGCCGGGGCACAGACUCAGAUUCUGACCACAAACAACAGCAUCAGCAGGUGAGGAAAGGAAGUGAUGGAGAGUCGUCCAGCUACGCCAACCCCAACCCCUUCCUCAGUCAGGAGGCAGGGCCGCGGGGUGGCGGCAGCGCCGGCGCCCAGGGAGGCAGCGGUUCCGACCAACGCCAGGCCCUCCAGAAACAGAAGGCCCCUCGCGACUGGGAACUGAAGACGAGCAGCAGCAUGGCCAGUCAGAACCUCUUCAUAUCUGCUGCUGCCAGCAGUGGUGGGGGCAUUUUGAGCGGGAAGGUGGGGGGCAGUCCUGUAGCAGUUUCCUCAACCACAGGAUCCCCUGUGGGGCAGUACCUGGGGUCUCAGUUCCCACUCGGAGGGACGUCCGUUCUACAGUCCUUGUUCGGGGCCCAGACGGGCGGAUCCACGGUGAGUGGGACUCCAAGGCUCGUCAACGGACACCCUGCCCUGGGAAGCUUCUCCAGCGCUGGGCUGGCGGGGGGAGUGGCUGGAGGUAUAUUUCACCACGUGGUUCCCACAGUGUCUUCCCAUCAGUUUGGGGUGACGCUGCCCACCUCUGGAGGCCUCAGCUCUCUGCUCAGUCUCUCGUCCUCAUCCUCUACCUCGUCCCAAACCCAGCAGCACACCACUCCCCAGCCAGCCUCCAUGCGCCUGGCCUCCGUGUCCUCGCCUCUCCCCCUCUCCCAGGCUCAGCACAGCCGCACUCAGUCAGUCCUGCAUAGCCCCUCUCCUCCCACGCUCACCCUGCCCCCUCCUCCCCCCCUGCACAGCACCUCCUCCUCAGCACCCACGCACUCGGACGCCCCGUCAUCAUCUCGAUCCGACUCCCUCCACUCCUCCCGUCUGUCCCACUCCUCUCUCCAUCACCAGAGAGCACAGUCAUCCCUCUCUCUCUCCAUCUCCGCCUCCUCUGCUUCUGUCUCUGCUGCUGCCACCGCUGUCGCUUCCCUCUCCUCUUCCUCUCUGUUGACAUCCUCCUCGUCUCGUCCAUUCGCAGUGCACUACUCCCCUCGGCUGCCCCCUCCACCACAGGCCAGCAGCUCAGGUGGUGGCGGGAGCAUGUGGAGGACUCAGGGCAUGCAUGGUAACUACACAACCUCCCAGCUCCCUGGCUCCCGACCUAGAUAGGGUUUGGGGGGGAAGGGGGAGGGGGAGGACAGAGAGGGGAAGGGCGAAGGGCAAUCAGAAGGUGGAAAGAGGGAGAGAAUGAGAGAGAGAGAGAGAGAGAGAGAGAGACUGGUAGGGAGUGAGAGAGACAGGAUACCUGUUUUUCAUGUGCUCCCAAAACAGUGAUGUUCUGAUUAAACAAGGUAAGUCAAAUUCUUGGGUUUUAGAUUUAAAAAAAAAAACAUGCUGGGUGACAGGAUUUAAUACUGUUUGUUUAUUGCCGUCUAUGUCAUCCAUAGAAACACUCAACAUAUUUUUCUGUCUUCUUUGAUGUUUCAGGUAAUUGUUGAAAACUACCUCAAAAUUAAAUAAACUAUGCAAAUGUCCAGGUGUGGACCAAGGCACUCUCCUCACUCACUGGUGCUUGAAAUUGUCUGCACUACCCACCCGCCUCCAAGACCGGCUUCUGUACUGGGAUCUCUGAGACACACACACACACACACACACACACACACACACACACACACACACACACACACACACACACACACACACUAACCACCACUAUGGUCACCUUGAGCAGAAUUCAUAGGGUACCGGUCAUGUUUAUGUGUUGGUUUGAAGAUUUUGCAAUAUGGAAAUCAGUACUGGCUGCUGCUCAGCACUCAAAUGAACUGAAUUAUAAAGAUGUCUGGUUUAAAUUAAAGGUGCUCAAUAGUA